UAACAGAAAAGCCCUCACAGCAAGCAUCUAAGAGACUUUCUCUCUCAGAGAAAUCUUGUUCAAACCCAAUGCCUAUGUCCUUUAUUUGUCUCUUGUCUAUUUCUUUCUUCUCAUCCUUUUUCUUCCUUAUAAUACCCCAUCUUUUGUGUUGCAGUACUGAACAUUGAUCUCUCUCUUCUUACAUCUUAAUUCAGUCUUUCCAUGGAAACCAACCAUCACCUCGAAGAUUCCAAGAGCUCUAGCGAGGAGACCGAUCAGUCGGACGACACCGGCACCGGACAGACCUACGAGUGUGUGUUUUGCAAGAGAGGGUUCACGACAGCACAAGCCUUGGGAGGGCACAUGAAUAUCCACAGGAAAGAUAGAGCCAAGAACAGUCGGCCUAGCUCGAUUCCUAUAGUUCGCGAAGUCAUCAACGACGAGAGUUAUUCGAGCCUUAGAUCGUCGUAUUCGUAUCCGCCGAUCCAAAGCUAUCAGCCAAAUUAUGUAAGUUAUCAAGCUCUUUUCCCAGCUUCAUCGGGUUGGGGUUUUAGACCCCAACACACACACAAUGGGAACGAACUGUUUGUCGAAAAUUCACGGCAAAUGAAUCCGUUAAGAGUCAACGAGGAUUGGCCUCGGAGUCUCAACUUGAGAAUCGGUCCUUCACAUGUAGACGAUAAUGAAAACAAGAAGGCUGAUGGAAGUAGUCAAGAGGAUGAAUUAGAUUUGGAGCUUCGAUUAGGUCAAUAUCCAUAGUAUAUGUUCAUAUAUGUUUGAUAAUUGGUACUACUAAGAAUCAAGAAAUUUCCUCUCUCUAUAUAUGUACAGUAUGGAAUAUUCUUUAUGAAGUAACAGCCAGGUAGCUAGGAGAGAUAUAUAUUUGCUGAUAUGGGAAAAGUUUAAGAGAGUACCACAUGAAGUUGUUUCACCCACAAUUCCCACAUCGAUCAAUAAAUGUAUGCGUACCAAUUUCGGCCUAUUUUAGGGUGCCAAGUAAGAAGUAUAAUGAGGAGAAAGAAGAAGAAAAGGAGUUUCUUUUCCAUGCCUAAUGCUUCAGAACUUGGAUUCUGUAAGAUCUUCUUCUUUUAUAUUCUAUGUGCUCUUUUGCACUAUCUU